GAACGCGGUCCCGUUCGUUAUCAAUUUCGCGAAUCGAACCAGGCGUGCCAACUUCGAAAUUUUCGGAACGUCUAAUCGAUAACCGAAUUUGACGGUUGUCGUUCGCGUUGUAUGCGAGUUUUGUGUGUUUUUAAAAUUACGUAUUCCCGAUGAGCAACAGGACGGAUAUACAAGUGUCUCAAAAGGACCGAAUAGGCCUUCUCCAUGCGGCGUCCAUCAAAACGGGUUUCGAUUACAACUUGAGCAGCUUCCGGAGCGGCCGCAGCGCCGCCACGAGCUCCAGGACCUCGUCGAGCAUCCAGGACUCGCGAGCCAAAGGAACCAUCCACUAUCUAUCCCCCGCCACCACACGAACCGUCACAGAGCUAGAAGGGGAUUUGUACUAUCAGCAAUUCGUCGAGUUCCAACCUCCGCCGUUACCUCCCAUACCACCAGCCGAAUAUGCUGCCAGCUCCUCCGAAUCGUCGAUAUCCUGCAGGGAAGCGGAGCUCCAAAGGACCUUAGCCAUACUGAAACCCAGCUCAAUCAAGUACAAAGACGUCGUCGUCAGAGCCAUCACCGACGCCGGAUUGAAGAUCCUCCACGAACGCACCAUCCACCUCACGCCCGAGCAAGUUUCCGAGAUCUACGCCAAGCAGUACGGCAGCCCGUCGUUUCCCCACGUGGUCGUCUCCAUGAGCAUCUCGCCCAUCGUCGUCUUCUCGCUGGCCGGCAAGAACAGCAUCGAAAAGUGGAAGUCGAUGAUCGGCCCGUACAGCCUGCUCCGCGAGGAGUGGUUCUUCCCGUACAGCGUGCGCACCAGGUUCGGCAUCCAGAACGACGUGCCGGACAUCAUCCACGCGUCGGAGGACCUGAACGAGGCCAAGUGGGAGAACCGGUACUUCUUUCCGCGCAACAUCCUCGAGCCGCUCGUCAUCGACGAGGAGAAGGUCACCGACUACGUGAACAACUGGGUGACGCCGGUGCUGAUGGAAGGGCUGGCGGAGAUCGUGAAGACGAAGCCCAUCGAUCCGGUGGUGUCGCUGGCCGAGUGGCUGUUGCUCAACAAUCCCUACCAGCCGAAGUAUCCGCAGAAAAUCGCUCUUAGUCCGCUUUAGGUUACUGGGGAUUGUCGAGGAAGAUGUAAGAUGUAAGAUCGCGCGAGGGAACGUGGAGAGUAGAGGUAUACAAUCGAUUCGCCAAGUGGAUUUACUGAUCGCCUGUGAAUAAUAUAUCGACAAUAAAUUAUUUAUAGAGAUGCUUUAUCGCGAUCGUUACUCCAUACUCUAUAUAAUAGAGAAGGUAGAG